AUGUCUUUAAUUAAUCAGUCAAUGUGUGGUGUUGUAACACAGGCUGAUGUGGUCGCAGCUCUGUGUAAACAAAUAGAGUCGACGGCGUUACAUUUGGCGGCUGACGGCGGGUUCGCAGAUUGCGUCGACUUGCUUCUUUCCAAAGGUGCCGACGCGAGUUUGAAAAAUCACCGCGGCUUCACGGCUUUACAUUUGGCCGCCCGAUCAGCAAGCCUGGAGUGUGUCGAAUCGUUGUUGCGAAAAGGUAACGCCGAACCUAAUGCUAUGGACUUCGACAUGAGAUCACCGCUCCAUGCCGCCAUAGGCAAGUCCGACAGUGCCUGUGACAUUAUUGAAACAUUGAUCAGUUGGGGGGCGAAUGUCAACCAGAAAGAUGAGUACGGUUUCACGCCUCUCCAUUUGGCCGCUCUGGAUGGCCUUUCUGCGUGUGUCGAGACUUUAAUUUACCACGGCGCCGACGUCACGACGAGAUCGAAGAAGGGAAAUUCUGCUCUCAAUGUUAUUGCCCGCAAGACCCCGGCCUCUCUCGCUAUGGUGACGAGGAAACUAGAUUGCGCUAUCACGCUGCAUCAUUCACAGACAAGCAACAGAGAAGUAGAGUUAGAACUCGACUUUCGCAGCAUACUCCAGCACUGCUAUCCGCGAGAAAUAAGCUACCUUAACACUUUUGUAGAUGAAGGACAGAAGGAGGUGCUGCUCCACCCAUUGUGCUCGGCAUUCCUAUAUAUAAAAUGGGAGAAAAUUCGCAAGUACUACGUGGCGCGGCUGUUCUUGAGUUUCAUAUUUGUCUUGUGUCUCACUUUAUACGUCUUGACCGCGUUGGCUCACAACUGCUACAACGGCAGCAAGGAUAUGGAAGAGACUAUUCAAGAACAAGAAUUGUGUCAAAAACAAUCGAUUCUAGGGGACCUGUUGAGGAAAAACCCGUUCGUUAUCGAAAUGCAAUGGUGGGUGUUAGCAGGGAUCACCAUUUUCGAGAUAUUCAGAAAGGUUUACGGUAUAGCUGGCUACUCCACCGUCAAACAAUACCUAAUGCAGUCCGAAAACAUAAUAGAAUGGUUCGUCAUCGUGAGCGUAUUUCUCAUUUCAUACAUUUACACAAAUAUAACUUACACAUGGCAAAACCACGUUGGUGCGUUUGCAGUUCUUGCCGGAUGGACCAACCUGAUGAUGAUGAUCGGCCAACUGCCAGUGUUCGGUACUUACGUGGCGAUGUACCAAAAAGUCCAAAAGGAAUUCGCAAAACUUCUCAUGGCCUACUCUUGUAUAUUGAUCGGCUUUACAAUCAGUUUUUGCGUCAUAUUUCCGGAUUCCUCAUCAUUUGCUAAUCCAUUUAUGGGCUUCAUUACCGUUUUAACUAUGAUGAUUGGAGAGUUAAACUUGGACUUACUGCUUAACGAACCCGACGGUAAUGAUCCACCGGUAUUAUUAGAAUUUUCGGCUCAAAUCACAUACGUGUUGUUCCUCAUGUUCGUGACAGUCGUUCUGAUGAAUCUGCUCGUCGGUAUAGCUGUCCACGAUAUCCAAGGAUUGAGAAAAACCGCCGGAUUGUCCAAACUCGUGCGCCAAACCAAACUAAUAUCGUACAUGGAGUUGGCAUUAUUCAACGGAUAUUUACCUAAAUGUCUUCUAAAAAUUUUACAUUCAUCAGCAUUAGUUUCCCCACAAGCUUACAGAGUAGUUUUGAGUGUAAAACCUCUGAAUCCCAGCGAGAAAAGAUUGCCUAGAGACAUAAUGAUGGCCGCUUACGACAUUGCAAAGAUGAGGAAGCAGUACGGUCACACAAUAUCUUCGAAUGGAUCUACUACAGGGACGUAUUCUUGCUUCAAAAAGUAUGAGAAUAAUAACGACUCGGGUUACAGGGAGUACGGAUAUUCUGGCUUAGGAAGCCUGCAGGCGAGGCUGGACGAGACUUCGGAGAACGUUCGACAGCUGACGCAGGAGGUAAGGGAGCUGAAGAAGUUGAUCAGCGCACAGCAGCUGGUUAUUCAGCAAGCGCUGGCGGGCACAGUGCGGGACGGCGGGGGACGGCCGCUGAUCACGUAAUGCUCGGGACCGUUUAGUUUCAAUGCCAGCAGCGAGUGAGUCAAUAAACUAUCGCGACGGUGGCGGCGGCCAAACGCUGUAAUAAUCUCUCGUUACGUGCUACCGAGGGCGGAUUAGAACUUAAAAUAUUUUGAAGUGUUGUCUAUUUUCUUUUUAAUAUUGUAUAUAAAAUUAGGGAUUCGUGUUAGAAGUUAGAUUUAUUUCAUUAAAAUCAUAUACUUACAUUUGGUAUAUCAUCUGGUGAUAAAAUUACAACCAAACCGUUUCAAAGAUAGUUGCCUUCGUGGUGUGACUGUGAUUGUAAUUGAUAGUUGAGCACAUUUGUGAUAUAAAUUAUCAUGACAUUAAAAUCUUUUCUAGUAA